GGCCCUUUUCAUCCCUGGGGAGAGAGGGGGGCAAAGAGAGCGGUAAAACCCGGGGGUUCCCACGUAGCGUCUGCUUGAGUCCCUGUGAGGCAUGGUUUGUGAUCUCUUUGAUUUUAUUUUUUACCCCCCCUCCCUCCCUCUGGUAAUCUGUGUUAGAGCUUGUUUCAUGCUUCUGAUGAACCUGAGGAGGGAGUGGAGAUGGCAGCCUUUGUUCUGUGCCCAGGCUGGCCUUCUCCUUCCCCAUCACCGCUGUCCAAUCGCCUGGCGGCUCUGAUUUCUCCAUAUCUCCCCCCUGCAGCUGCUGCACCCGCAGUCGGUGCCUCUGUCGAGUAGAUUCAGCUGCCUCAAGACACUGGAGUCAGCUUAAAAAUUGCAACGAGUUAAAAAUAUUUGCUACCGCCGCUUGACGUGCGUGUAGUGGAGAGCUGGGAGGUACCCGGCGCAAGGAGACGCUCCAAUUUAAUCUGCAGACGAGCAGAGUGCUUAGCUUUCUGGUACUUGUCAUUCUGCUCUUAAAUAAUUAUUUUUUUUUUUAAGGUCUUUAAAACGUGUAGUAUUGCCAUAGUUGGUGCAGCGCUAGAGGUGUUGUUAGCUCUUCCUUUAAGGAAAUAAUUCUUAGGAAUUGCUGUCUCCCAUUGUGCAAGUAACUGAGGUAUAUCGUCAUGGGCAACUUGGCAUCAAUCGCGGACAUCUCGAUCUAAACAAAUUAGUUUUAUAAUCCGAUUUGCCAUCAACUUAAUGUUUUUCAUUAAUAAAACCCUUUAGCCAGCUGAUGCUCGACAGCUCUGUGAUCGUGCCUCCCGGUGAAAUGAAACCUAAGGAGUUUGCUAAUUCCUGCACAAAGAACAGCGUUCUCAGUCCACUUCGUAAAGCUUCCUUCACCGAGUGGUGUAACAAGGAUUUAUGAGGGUUGGGUUUUUUUUUUUCAUUAACUUAAAAAAUUGCUGAUAGUAGACUGCAGCUUUGUGAGACUUAAAAUUGAUCACUGGAGGAGCUCCAGAUGCUUCCUGCUCGCUUUGGGUAUUUUGAAAAAUGCUGUCCUUUGGGAGCAUUCGCUAGCCGUCCAAACCGAGGACGAUCUGAGCAAGAAGCUCAUGAGAAAGAAGCUGAAAUAAAACGGCGGGUUUAGGCAACUAAAUCCCUUUGCGCAGAUGAUCCCAAACUGAUCCGGAUUGCUCAGAAUUUCUCUGUUGCUGUGGCACCCUUUGGGGAUGGCAUGCUGGAGGAGCUGCUGUAUGGAAUUUAGGUUUGGGCCAAAGAUUGUAAAGCAUACGGCAAGCACAACUUCAGCAAAAUCACUUCCAGACAAAGAAAUGCCUGAUUAUUGAAUGUCAGCAGUAUUCCUAUUUCAGCCUUUUUCACGGAGGGGAAGUUGCUUGUCCUGCCUGCCUCUGGGAGGGAACCCCGCAGGAGUUCUGCAUCGAGACUAAGACUUCUUGUUUAAAAACAACAUGUAAAAGUAGUCUAAAAUACUUUGGUGGUUCUAAAGCUGCUUAGCAUUUCUAGAGAAAAUUACCGUUACUGAGGAGCAAGGUGAAGGGCAGCGCAGUGAUUCUUGACCAAUUUACUGUGCGAUGGAAAGGCCGUAAAGCGGCGAGGUUCUGGAGAUCUGUUACACAGCACCCUGAAUGGCAACUGGAAACUGGGAUUUCUUGCACCUUGGAAUAUGAUCCACGUUUCCUCGCUCCUGUGAUUCAGGGAAGGAGAAAGGGCUGUAUGGGAAAAUCAGGUGGACGGGCGGUGGCCGCGAUGGAGCGACUUGCCAAGGAACCAAACAGUGGGAUUAGAGAUGGACUGAGGUCGCGGGGGUGAUGGGGAACUGUGUGUAACCCGGAGCUGUCCUGAAGCUUGCUUAGCGUGGAGUCAGGCUGUCCUGAAAUGGAGAUUAUCUAAAUUUCUGCAUUUCCAAGUGAUUUCUUCUGAGACAAUGCAAUCACUGCCCCACAUGAAGUCCUGGAAACCACUGCCACACAUGCCGCCAGACUGCUGACAUUCCCCGUGGCAAGAAGAAAUUGAAAAAAUUCAGAAGGGUGAAACAACAAAGAAGGAUGAGGAAGAGAACUACCUGGAUUUAUUUUCCCACAAGAAUAUGAAACUGAAAGAACGAGUUCUGAUACCUGUCAAACAGUACCCCAAGUUCAAUUUUGUUGGAAAGAUUUUGGGACCUCAAGGGAACACCAUCAAGAGACUUCAGGAAGAAACUGGUGCUAAGAUAUCUGUGCUUGGGAAGGGUUCAAUGCGAGAUAAAGCAAAGGAGGAAGAACUGCGUAAAGGGGGAGAUCCUAAAUAUGCUCAUCUAAAUAUGGAUUUGCAUGUCUUCAUUGAAGUUUUUGGACCCCCCUGUGAAGCAUAUGCUCUGAUGGCUCAUGCCAUGGAAGAAGUCAAGAAGUUCCUUGUUCCAGAUAUGAUGGAUGAUAUCUGUCAGGAGCAAUUCUUGGAGCUCUCCUAUCUGAACGGUGUACCAGAGCAAAGUCGUGGUCGAGGAGUCCCCGUGCGGGGAAGGGGAGCAGCUCCACCGCCGCCUCCACCUGUUCCAAGGGGCCGUGGUGUUGGUCCUCCCCCUCCUCCUCCUCGGGGGGCCCUUGUGCGAGGAGCCCCGGUGCGGGGUGCCAUUGCCAGGGGAGCUGCUGUAGCCCGCGGAGUGCCUCCUCCCCCAGCGGUACGGGGUGCUCCUGCACCCAGAGCACGUGCAGCUGGCAUUCAGAGAAUACCGCUUCCUCCUCCUCCCGCACCAGAAACCUACGAGGAAUAUGGCUAUGAUGAUGCAUAUGCAGACCAGAGCUAUGAGGGGUAUGAAGGCUACUACAGCCAGGGCCAAGGGGACACAGAAUACUAUGAUUAUGGACACGGGGAGGCACAGGAAACCUAUGAAGCUUAUGGGCAAGAUGACUGGAACGGAACCAGGCCCUCCCUGAAGGCCCCGCCGGCCAGGCCAGUGAAGGGGGCCUACAGAGAGCACCCAUACGGACGUUAUUAAAAAACAAACAUGAGGGAAAAAUAUCAGUUAUGAGCAAACAGUUGUUACUGAUUCUUGUAUCUCCCAGGAUUCCCGUUGCUUUACCCACACCAGACAAGUAAUUGUCUAACUGUUUUUCUUCGUGGCCCUUUUUCUCCCACUCCAUCCUCACCCUGCAUUCUGGCUUCUGUACGUAGUAUUUUAAAAAUGAGUUAAAUAGAUUUAGAGGACCGACUUUAAUUUUUUUUUUAAGUGUGUAGAUGGCUUUUCUUUCUUUGUUGUUUAGAUAAACACAACUGUACCUUUUUUAAUAAGAAAAAAGUUGAGUUAAAAAUGUUAGUUUCAAAAGUGACAUGCUUUGCUUAGCAGUUAUGAAAUUAAGGUUUUGUUAACCUUUUAAGUUUGGUUUUAAGGAACCCAUAAAAGUUGUAGUUGCAGAAUCCCAAAGUAGGCUACAUUUCAAAAUUCAGGGCUGUUUUUAAGAAUUAAAAUCAUAAUGUAACGGUAGUAGCUGCCACCGUUUAAAAGUAACCUCAGCUGUCAAACUUUCCUUAAAAGCAGAUUGCUGGUGAAUCUUAAGUUUAAAUUUUAAUACGAAGGAUCCUCAAACAAAUUAAAUAGCAUUUUUUUUAAAGGUAAUUGACCUAAAAGGAAAAAAUUAGGUGUGUAAAAUUGACUUCUCUUAUGUGGGUUUUGAAAUCUAGCCCCGAACAUGCGGUGUUGAGAGAUGCUUGGGAAGCAGAUUUUCCAGGGUAAAGGGGUUCUUAGUUUGGUUCUGUAUGAAGAACUUUUAAGGGAAAACCAAAUUAAAGCGUGGCUCUAAUUGCCCAGUGUUUGAUAUUAGAAAACAGAGUAUUAAGUGAGUAGGUCUGAACUCUGUAAAAUUACAGUCCUCUCGUUUUUAGAGUGCUUGGGGCAGGUAAUACAGUGCAAGUUUAAAACUGACAAAAUUGUCAAUAUUAGCAAUCCCGUUGACUUGUUCAAGUGUAUCUCAACACUAGCUUUGCAUAAAAAGGGACACUGCAGCUGAAAAAAAGGAAAAAUUUCACUUUGUACACAGGAUAAAGUCCUAAUUGGAUUUGUACACUGUCCUCCCACUCUGUUCUUGAAGAUUAAAUGCUACGUGUGUAAGUCUGCCUAAAUAGGUAGCUAAAACUUGUCAAAAUGUCUGCCGCAGUUUGUCAAUAAAGUUUAGUCCUUUUUUAAUCAAAGUAAAUGUGAUGAAUUGUCAUUUUUUUUUUGU